CCUCUCCAAGAAAGGAAGCGGAAAGAGAAGUCCCGAACAGUCUCUUCGGAGACACCCGAUAAAAAAGAAAAGUCCCGAACAAAAGCAGUAAGCAGACGCGAUUCCGCGAAAGGGCAGCGGAACAAGAAAAAUCGGACUCCGAGCGCCUCGGCCGCCGACCCGGGGGGACACGCCACAAACGCAUCUCAUCUCACGCCGCCGCCUCAGCUCGUCGCGCGGCUCCGGCUCCGGCUCCGAGUCCCAACCCCCGCUUGGUCCGGUUCGUCUGCGCGCGCGGGGGCGCCGGCGCGUUCGUGCUGCCGUGCCGCGUGGGUCGACCUGGGGUUUUGGUGCGGGGAGAGGGGGAGGGGUCGCAUGGUCUGCGGCGGCUUGAUCGGGUGAAGUCAGCAGCGGCAGCUGCAGCGGGAGGAGGAGGAGGAGGCUUCGAUGCUACGGCUAGUGGGGAUCAGCGAGAGGCUGUUGACGACCGGAACAAAUAGGCGAGCUGCCAAUUUUUCCCAGCCAAGCCACAGAAGUGGGUACGACGCAGCAGUGAGGGACAAUGGCUUGUCAUCAAGGCGAAAGAUUCCAGCUGUCUUCUCAAGAAUGUUCUCACAUUACAAGGUCAUUGCCAGAAAGAACAGAGCUGAGGAUCACAAGUGCAGAGCUAGGAUGUCCAGAGGCUACCGUACACUCUCUGUGGCUGUGUUAAAUUCAUCUGCAACCCAGAAAGCACAAUUGGCAUGGAAGAGGCUCAGUCAUAUGUACUCAUACAGUGGUCCCCGGUUACCACUCAUGAGCCGAGCAGCCUGUGCUGUAAGCCUGUCUGUCACGAGGUUCCAUGUUAUCCCUGGCAUCAUGGCUCUAGCUUUUGGCAAGAUGGCACUUGCAAGGCCUGUCCUGGCAGACUCACAAUUCUACAAGCCCACAAUGGAUGGCGUCGUCACGAAGGCACAAGAUGCUCGCCAGUUUCUGUCAUCUAUGGUUUGGUCAAUCUGGGAGGGCAUCACUUUGCUUAUUAGAGCAGUGCAUUUGACAUUCUUGUUCUUCCCUGCAACUGCAUUAGCUCCAUUUGCUGAUAGUUUCAGUGUUGCAUUCAGAAGAAGGUGGCUUAGUCUUGUGCGCUGGACCCUCGAAACGGCUGGGCCAGCAUUCAUUAAGUGGGGUCAGUGGGCUGCAACACGCCCUGAUCUUUUUCCAAGUGAUCUCUGUGUUGAGCUCGCAAAGCUUCACAGCGCGGCUCCAGUUCAUGGCUUUGCUUACAGCAAGGCUGCCAUUGAGAAGGCAUUUGGUCGUGAACUUUCUGAAAUAUUUGCGACUUUUGAGGAGAACCCUGUAGCUUCUGGAAGCAUUGCACAAAUACAUCGGGCGACACUAAGAAAUCAGCAUCCUGGAAAGCAUGUUGCUGUUAAGGUGAGGCAUCCUGGUGUUGGUGAAUCAAUCAAGAGAGACUUUCUACUUAUCAAUCUUGUGGCAAAAGUUUCUAGUGUUGUCCCUGGAUUGAGCUGGCUGAGGCUGGAUGAGAGUGUCCGCCAGUUUGCAGUAUUCAUGAUGUCUCAAGUCGACCUUUCAAGGGAAGCUGCUCAUUUGAGUCGUUUUAUCUACAACUUCCGCAGAUGGAGACAUGUGUCUUUCCCAAAGCCCUUAUAUCCCCUUGUGCAUCCAUCUGUCCUUGUUGAGACAUUUGAGAAUGGAGAAAGUGUUUCUCAUUUUAUGGAUGAAAUUGAAGGAAAUGCUUGGACGAAGAGAGAACUUGCCCAUAUUGGGACAUAUGCAUUCUUGAAGAUGCUUCUGGAGGACAAUUUUAUUCAUGCGGAUAUGCACCCUGGGAACAUUCUUGUUCGUCUACAUGACAGCAAGCUUUCGAGGAAAAGAUUUUUCAGAGCUAAGCCCCAUAUUGUGUUUCUUGAUGUGGGCAUGACUGCUGAGCUCACACGAGCUGACCGUGAUAACUUACAACAGUUCUUCAAGGCGGUGGCUACCAGAGAUGGUCGUACUGCUGCUAACUGUACCCUAAAGUUAUCAAAAAAUCAGAGCUGUCCAAAUCCAGUGGCAUUUACUGAGGAGCUGCAUAAGACAUUUACAUUCUGGGGAACGCCUGAGGGGGACAUUUUUCAUCCGGUUGAAUGCAUGCAUCAAUUGCUUGACACAGUUCGCCGCCACAAAGUCAACAUUGAUGGCAACAUCUGUACUGUAAUGGUUACCAUUUUGGUUCUCGAGGGGUGGCAGAGCAAGCUAGACCCAGGCUUUGAUAUCAUGCACACGUUGAAGACUUUACUACUAGAGAAGGACAUAAAGCAACCACUUGAUUUUUUCUCAUAAACAAACAGUAUCAGCAGCUGUGGAAGAUGAUGGCCCCGUGGAAUAGAAGCCGAACCAUCUUACUCGGAGCAACCUGGUAUUAAUUAAACUAAUAUAUGCACUAUAACCAACUUGCUGCACUGGGUUCUUGUUUGACACCUUCAGUGUGAAAAUUUUGCCCACCACCCAGGCGGAGUCAGCCAUGGGGUUAUUUUAAAAUUCAUGGAAAGUCCUUGUCCACAAACUCUAUGGAGGAACAAACAUUUGUAGAUGUAGUAACAGAGCUGGACUAUGUUGCGUAGCGCAGAGAAGUUAGCUUCCUGAUUUAUGCUUCUAACUGGCAGUUGUGCCGUCUAUUGUAAAAUUUGGAUUCAGAGAAAAAUGGCUAAGCUGAAGUUUUCUUUGUUCUU